CUUGUGUGGCCACAGUCUGGUGAAGGACCUCAGAGAGCCAGAAAGAAAGAGUGAGAGAGAAAUAGAAAGUAUUAUUGCCAUGAAGUUUAUCUUAAACUCAAUCUGUGGAGGUUUGAUCCUACUGCUGUGGACUGAGAUCCUCUGGGAGACUGGUGCAACACCGCAGAACCGUUGUGAUCAGAACAUCCAGGUGGUGACUAAAGGGAAGUGUCAUUCCUGCUCGAUAACGUUUUUGGUGAAUUGUCCCAGUGGCUACACCAAGAAACCACCAGGGAAAAGCACAAAUGACUGCAGGUAUGAAAUCACAUCUGGUUUGUCUGUUGCGGGCUGUUCGUAUGAGUGCUACAAAGACACGGUGGAACCCCGGUGCUGUCCAGGUUACUGGGGCAAUGACUGCAUUGAGUGUCCAGGAUCAGCGUCGAACCCAUGCAACAAUAAUGGAGUCUGCUCUGAUGGUAUAGGGGGCAAUGGGACUUGCACAUGCGCACCAGGGUUUAGAGGAACAGCUUGCGAGGAGUGUAAAGCGAAUUUAUAUGGACCCAUGUGCAAUAAUGUGUGUAGCUGCAAGAAUGGCUUAUGUGACAGCGGCAUGAAAGGCACAGGAGAAUGCACAUGUCUGUCUGGGUACACUGGCAUAGAGUGCGACCGAGAGCUCCCAGCAUGUGCUGCUCUGCGGUGUGGGCCAGAUUCCCGUUGUAUUGAGGACCUGUCUACAGGGCAGCUUAACUGCAGGUGCAAACCUGGUUAUCAAGGUGAUGGAGUCCAAUGUACAUCAAUUAACCCCUGCUUGAGAGGCGUAUGCCAUGCAAGCGCAACGUGUGCGCAUACUGGGCCGAACCAGCAUGUCUGCACGUGUACAGAAGGCUACAGUGGUGACGGCCGUGUCUGCAUGCCCAUCGACCCCUGCCAGACUAACCUGGGCAACUGCACAUCUGGCUCUACGCGCUGUGUGUAUGACAGCCCUGGAAAGGCUCACUGUGAGUGUUUGGAGGGAUUUGAGAAGUUUGUGGAAGGGAAGGGCUGCAGUAUAAAAGAUAUGUGCAAACCAGACUCCUGCCAUAAAUAUGCCACUUGUGCCACAGUGGAACCAGGAACAGUUGAAUGCAAGUGCCUUGAAGGUUACCUUGGAAAUGGAAAAAUAUGCUUUGGGAACAUAAUUCAGCAGUUGCAAGACUUGAAUUCAAAACCAGGAGGGGGGUGGAAGGGUCAGCUCUCCAGUGCCAUCACACUAUUCAAUAAAGUCAUGUUGUGGCCCCUGACCUCCCUUGGACCGUUUACUGUGUUCGUGCCAGUGAACAAGGCUUUUAAGGGCACAUCUGUGAGAACCCUGCUGGCUAACGAGAUGAGAGCUCGCUAUCUUGCUAAGCUGCACAUGGUUGCGGGAGAGGUGAACUCUGACUCUCUGAAGAAGGGAAUCCUGUUCUAUACUCUUACCGGCAUGGCUGCCGAAUCAAUGACAGAUGCAGAGCAGGUGAAAAUCCGUCUCCAUGGUAGCCGUAAGAAAGGAACGCUUGUGGAGCCAGACAUCGUUGCCUCGAAUGGAAUAAUUCAUUUGGUUGAUAAGCUGAUGGAUGCAGUUCCUUCUACUGUAAUAAGCGAGAAAGAGGAAAACUUGUUGCAGAUUCUCUCAAAAAAUGGAAAGUUCUCUCAGUUUAAGUCUCUGCUUGAGAAAACCAACGUGGCAUCAGUUUUAGAAGAAGAUGGACCUUAUACAUUAUUUGCUCCAACAAAUAUAGCCUUUACCUUCCUGAAGCCUGGCUAUUUAGACUUUCUUACCUCUGAGGAGGGUAAGACAAAAUUACUUGAACUGAUGCGCAAUCACAUAGUGUCCUCUUCUCAGCUGAGUGCCAGCUUCAUUGUGUCAAACCCUCGUGCUGUGACCAUGGCCCACCAGGUCCUGACAUUUAAUGUGACGACUGCUGGGCAGAUCCUGGUCAAUGGGGAAUCAGUGCUGGAACUGGACGUUGAAGCAAAGAACGGCCGUCUUCAUUCACUGGAGGGGCUUCUGAUUCCUCCGUCCAUAGAGCCCAUCCUACCUCACAGGUGUGACACCAAAGAAACCAAUAUUUAUAAGGGUCCAUGUGUUAGCUGUACGCUUGUCCUCGGAUCUACCUGUCCAACUGGUGAAUCACUGGGUGCAUUCUCCAGAGGCUGUGUGUUCAGAAAGGAUUCCUUAGGCAUGAGCAUACCAACCCUUGGCUGUAAACUCUUCUGCAAUGAAACAAAGACUAUCCCUCGCUGCUGUAAAGGUUUUUUUGGACCAGACUGUUCCCCAUGCCCAGGUGGCUACACCGCCCCCUGUUCCUCUCAUGGGAAGUGCUCAGACGGCAUCGAUGGAAAUGGCACGUGCCAGUGUGAGCCCAAUUUCAAAGGAUCACGCUGCCAAUACUGUGCAGACUCCAACAAAUAUGGCCCGUUUUGUGACAAAACUUGUGGAUGCAUACACGGUGUGUGUGAUAACCAUCCAGAGGCCAGCGGUAAAUGUAAGCAGGGUUCCUGUAAAGACGGUUAUACUGGAGAGUUCUGUGAGCAGCAGACACAGUCAUGCGGGCCCAACCAGCCCUGCCAUGCCCACGCCAACUGUGUGUCCAAUAAUGGAGCGUUCACGUGUGUAUGUAAGCCUGGUUACCAAGGGGAUGGAUACAUGUGCAUUGAGAGCGAUCCGUGCUCUUUACCACAUCGCGGAGGCUGCAGCGUCAACGCCAAAUGCAUAAAGACCGGUCCAGGUACACACACAUGCCAGUGUCUGAGUGGGUGGAGGGAGGAUGGAGAUGGGUGCCAGGCUAUCAAUAACUGUCUGGAUCCAACCAGAGGAGGGUGUCACCCCAAUGCUACCUGUAUAUAUGUGGGCCCAGGACAGAGCGAUUGUGCUUGCAAAAGUGGUUACCAUGGAAACGGGAAGCAAUGUGAACCUGUCAAUCAGUGUGUGGAACAGAAGGGUGGAUGCCAUUUCCUGGGCACCUGCAAGUUUCUGAGCCCAGGUGGAUGGCAGUGUGUGUGUGAGGACGGCUACGAUGGUGACGGGGAAAUUUGUUAUGGCACACUAGCACAGGAGGUGUCAACAAACCCAGAUCUUCAAGAAUUUAACCUCUGGAUUGCUCGAGCUGAUCUUUCUCAACUACUGUCGAAGGCAGAAAAUUUCACUCUCUUCGUGCCAUUGGCUCAAGCCAUAGGGAAACUGAAUAAAGAUGACAAAGACUUCUGGAUGACCCGCAGUAAUCUUCCAAGUCUUGUAAAAAAUCACAUAGUUUCUGGGAUAUUUGCUCUUGGAGAUCUUUGUACCUCCCCAUCCCCACGACUGGUUUCCCUUUUAAAAAAGACACUUCCUGUUUCCUCAACCAAUGAAACAACCAUUGUUGCAGGAGGAAAAAUAACUUUUGGAGAUAUGGCAGCAAAGAAUGGAGUUAUACAUCUUAUUGACAAAGUGUUGAUCCCUGAGCGACAGAUGAGUGAAGGUUUACUGGAGGUGUUGAGUCAGAGGACUGAUCUCUUUCUCUUUUGCAGCUCUCUCUUGAAACACAACCUGACUAAAGAAAUGGAGGAGUCUACGGGCUUUACUGUGUUUGCUCCGACAGACAGCGCAAUCCAAGAAUACCUCAGAAGAACGGGCAAGGAGUCACUGGAGUUAAAUGUGACCCAGUAUCACAUUAUAAUGAAUGAGACUCUAAAAGAUGGAGAUUUGGUGGAUGGACUAUAUAAAGAUACUAUGCUUGGCUUCUCGUACCAACUGGGAAUUUUCCGGCAAGAUAAGAAAUUGCUUGUAAAUGAGGCUGAGGUGAACGUGACCGAUAUAGAAACCAGUAAAGGGGUAAUCCACAUCGUGUCUGCUGUCCUGAGCAUCCCCAACAACCGCUGUGACAGAGCUACCUCCACAUUUUUCAUGGGCCGCUGCAUGGAUUGUUUACACCCUACUGAGAACCCUUGCCCUUCAGGAACAAAACGACUGAUGAAGCCAAAGAGAAGAUGCAUGUACAGUCGAGUAUAUCAUGAAGAGACACUGCUGAUCAUUGGAUGUAAAGUUCAUUGUGAGAAAGUCAACAUUGAAAGAAAGUGUUGUGCAGGGUAUUAUGGUGUCAACUGCGAGAAGUGUCCGGGGUCAGAAGGUCAGCCCUGCUUUGGCAAUGGUGUGUGUGUAGAUGGGAUCAACGGAACAGGGGUCUGUCAAUGCAACCAAGGUUUUAACGGCACUGCAUGCGAAUCUUGCCAAGCUGGCAAAUACGGAAUUCAUUGUGAUCAAGAGUGUAAAUGUGUCAACGGACGCUGCAAAGACAAUGUGGAUGGAGACGGCAGCUGCACCUGUGAUCUGGGCUGGAGAGGAAUAAACUGUGCCAUUGCUAUUACAUCAGAUAUGUGCAAAGGAAGGUGCCACAGCAGUGCCAACUGCUUGCUAAAUGUAGUGGACAACACAAAUUACUGUAGUUGUGCUGCAGGAUUUCAGGGCAAUGGCACAUAUUGUACAGCGGCGGAUGCAUGUGCAGAGAAUAAUGGUGGCUGCUCGGUCCAUGCCGUGUGCAAGCGUACUGUCCCAGGACGGAGAAUAUGUGUGUGCAACCCAGGUUAUGAAGGCGAUGGAAAAGUAUGCAUUUCCAUCAAUCCAUGCCUGGCUGGUAAUAAUGGAGAAUGCCACAUAGAUGCUGACUGCAUUCAUACAGGUCCUAAUAAGUCAGCAUGUUACUGCAAACUAGGCUUUUCUGGGAAUGGAAAGCAAUGUGAUGCCAUCAACGUCUGUCAGGAGAAAAAUGGAGGAUGCCACAGGUAUGCUCAAUGUACCAUGACAGGACCUCUGGAGAGGAACUGCACUUGUAGGCUUGGCUUUAUUGGAGAUGGAGAGACUUGCAAAGGCACCCUGCAGAAGGAGAUCCGAAACAGAAAUUUGGGAGAAUUUUACAUGGGACUGGUGAGGAAUAAUGUUCCUGAACUCGGAAGUCGUGGCCCUUUCACAGUCUUUGUACCCAAUUCAGAUGCUUACAACAAACCUGAGUGGAAGGACACUGGAAAGCGGACGCGUUCUGAAAACGCAGAAAUCCUGAGGUAUCACAUAGUGGCCUGCCGUGCCCUCCUGCCAGAAGAUCUCAUGCAGCCUCGUAACCUGACCACACUUACUGGUGACAUCCUCACCGUUACAUACUCAGAGGAUACUAUAUACAUCAAUAACAAAGCCAAGGUGGUGUUCAGUGAUCUGGAAAGUAGCAACGGGAUUUUCCAUGAGAUUGACACUGUCCUAGUGCCUCCCAGUUUCCAGAUUCAGAAAGACAGGGAACAAGACAGUACACCGCAUAACCUCUCAGAAGUGGUCAAUAUCCAUGGCUUCAAGACAUUCUACAAGCUCAUUGAGGACACAGAUACAUUGAAGUUGGUGAUGGACCCAGUUCAUCAGCCUGUCACCUUGUUCAUGCCCACGGACGCUGUAAUGGCCGCCCUGGCCCAAGAGCAGAAAGACUUCCUGUAUGAGAUGCAUAACCGUGAUCAGCUAGCUGAGUAUCUUAGAUACCACAUCCUGCGUGACACCAAGUUCCUGCCUGCAGAGCUCAUCCAUGCCAGCUCUUUAAAAACUGAACAGGGCUCAGAUCUGUCAGUGGCCUGCAUGGGGGAAGAGCAUAUAGGGGAGCUUUACGUGAACCAUAAAAGCUGUCGGAUUGUAAAGAGAAACCUUAAUUUCAAUGGAGGCAUGAUUUAUGGCAUUAACUGUCUGCUGAAUCCUCCAAGCCUUGGGGGGCGCUGUGAUUAUAAGCACACCGUUGAUUUCACUUUGGCUUGCAGGUAUUGUGGUCGUGUUAUUGCGGAUUGCCCGCUUGGAAGCAAGCUAAAGGCAGAACAAAAGUGUGUCCUUCCAGAUUCAAUGAUGUCUAGGUAUUCAGGAUGUCAGUCAACAUGUACAGUGGUCAUAUGGAAGCCCAAGUGCUGUUCAGGGUACUAUGGCAGGGACUGUCUUGCAUGUCCUGGGGGUCCAGGAUCCCCUUGCAGUAACCAUGGCAAGUGUGACGAGGAUCAUUUAGGCAAUGGCACCUGCACUUGCGAUGCUGGAUUUACAGGUGUAGCCUGUGAACUGUGUGUGGAUGGCCAUUUUGGACUGGAUUGCAAAGCCUGCAACUGCACAGAACAUGGGUCAUGUGAUGAGGGUCCUAAAGGUACCGGUUCAUGUUUUUGUGAAGAGGGCUGGACUGGUCCACAAUGUGAGAACAAAUUAGCCGAUGUUCCUGUUUGCAAUCCGGCUUGCCAUGAGAAGGGCGUCUGCAUGGAAAAUAAUACCUGUAUCUGUAAACCCUUCUAUGAAGGAGAUGGUAUCACCUGUACAGCGGCCAAUAUGUGCAAGUACUGGAACGGCGGCUGUUCUAAGGAUGCAAAGUGCAGUCAGAAGGGGGAGAAGGUCACCUGCGCGUGUCUCAAAGGUUACUCCGGCGAUGGGUUUGUGUGUACACCUGUCGACCCCUGUGCCGAUGGUGAAAAUAGCGGGUGUCACGAACAUGCUAUCUGCACCAUGACUGGAGCUGGAAAGAGGAAAUGCGAGUGUAAAGACAACUACGUCGGCGAUGGGAUUAAUUGCGAAGCAAAAGUGUUGCCAGUCAAUCGUUGUCUACAAGAUAACGGACAGUGCCAUUCUGAUGCUCAGUGCACGGACCUGCACUAUGAGGAUAAAACAUUAGGAGUUUUCCAUUAUCGUUCCUCAAAGGGAAUAUACAAACUCAACUACACAAUGGCGCAGGAGGCCUGCAAAGAGGAAGGAGGAACUAUCGCUACCUACACGCAGCUGUCAUAUGCCCAACAGGCAGGUUAUAGCUUGUGCGCAGCAGGCUGGCUUGACAAAGCGAGGGUAGCGUAUCCCAUGAGCUUCUCUAACCCAAAAUGUGGCUUUGGACAUGUGGGUAUUGUGGACUAUGGUAUUCGCAAUAACCUGAGUGAGACAUGGGACACGUUCUGCUAUAGAGUGAAAGAUGUGAAGUGUGAGUGUAAAACUGGCUACAUUGGUGAUGGAUACUCCUGUACAGGAAACUUGUUACAGGUUCUCUCAAGCAGACCAACCCUGUCUAACUUCCUGUCUCAAAUCCUGAAUUAUUCAACUUCUGCAUCAGGAAAAGUGUUUGUGAAUCGUCUAAGUAAUAUUACUAUCCAGUCCACUCUGUUUGUACCUGAUAACGAUGGCCUCUAUAGCAACCAGACUUUGAGCGGCAGAGACAUAGAGCACCAUCUACUGGAUGGGAGAGCUUUAAUACUGCAAGCACUUAUUAACAUCACUCAUGUCCGAACACGACUGGGACACAGCCUGACCAUCACCAGCGUCCCGGAUCUCCAGAACCCUCAAGUAAUGACUUCCUCUGGAUACAUCAAUGACCGUUAUGUCAUAGACUCCGACAUUUUUGCAUCCAAUGGGAUCAUCCAUGUUCUCCAGGGCCCAUUGAAAGCACCUCCUCCUCCACCUCCAUCCAUCCACCCAGGUCAUAAGGCUGGGAUGGGCAUCGGCAUCCUGGGGCUCAUCAUCCUCAUUGUAGCAACUGGAUUUGUGGGAUACAAUUUCUACACACAUAAAACAAAGCCAUUCCAGUUCCACUACUUUAAGGAGGAAGAAGGGGAUGAUGGGAACCCAUCAGAAUCCAGUCCAAACAUCACUAAUCCUGUAUAUGACUCUGAACCUGCCACAAAAGAACAAACUCCAACGGUCACUGACUUAAAGAGUGAAGACAAGCAUCAAGUGAUUUCCAGUGGAUCCUACGACCUUCUUCAGGACAGCUGAAAUCACAGAGUCAAGCAUAUGCUGUGUAGUUAUUUAAAUCUCCAGAAACAAAGCAGUCGGACAUUCUAGUGCAGUUCUCUUUGAGAACACGAGAGCACACUGUGAACUCCACGUCACAGUUACGGGACAAUGCUAAUGUAGACUGAGAAAUCAAUCUUAAUCUACUGAGGUUGUGUAUGCAUGUUUAUUUUUAUUUUUUUUGGAUGAAAGAGUAAUUGAAUGUGUAAAUGUUUUGUGUUUACCAGCAGUCUCUAAAUUCUGUUGUACUACAGGCUUUAAUAAUGUCCAACAUAGAAUGUUUUAAAUAACUGUCCUGCUCGAAGCACAAUUGAAACAAGAAAUAAAAAAUAAAAAAAGUGAAGGUUCUGAAGUCUUUUAGGGUUUACAAUCUUUUACACAUUUCACACAUGCUUAAUUAUCCAAAGCAUCUUAAAGUACAUGCACCUGAAAAUCAUUUUCUGUAAAAGUAAAAUGUUAAGAACUUACAUGCUUAAGAGUUUGCCUAUGUGAAAAGUUUGUUCACUCUUGACAAAAGUUGUACACUUAAAACUUUUUAAAAAUGCAUAUUACAAUAAUAAAAAUUCUCACAACC